AGCAAAUAAAGGAACUAAAAGUGAAUCAGUAUCAGGGCGGACUCAGGAAGCGUCUUUGGCCAUUUUGCAAGUCCAUGCUGUUUUGCAAAUAAGGAGCGUCUCUUUUUUGCAACUGGUAAACUGACUUUGAAAUAGAAACAUCAAAGGCUGAUAAGAUGGGGGACAAGAAACGCAAAGUGCCUGUUGUCGAAGAGACAAAGGUGAGAGUACUUAAUGAAACAGAAGCAUCAUCCGGGCCUGAUGACAAGGCCGAUUACCCUUCUGCUGGCACUAACUCCAUCUACUCAGCCAUUCUCAGCAGGAACGAGGCUGUCAAGGAUGCCAAGCGUCUCAAGACUUUUUUGGAACUGCGAGACAAAUACGCGAAGAAGAAGGUGUUGUUUGAAGACCCCCUGUUCCCUGCAAAUGACUCCUCGCUCUUCUACAGCCAAAAACCUUCCAUGAAGUUCGAGUGGAAACGUCCCCCGGAAGUUUGUGAAAAGCCCCAUUUCAUCAUAGAUGGAGCCAGCAGGACAGACAUCUGUCAAGGAGAAUUGGGCGACUGCUGGCUGCUCGCUGCCAUCGCCUGUUUAACGCUGAACGAGAAGCUGCUGUACAGAGUGAUUCCCCCGGACCAGAGCUUCACCGACAACUACGCCGGCAUCUUCCACUUCCAGUUCUGGCGUUACGGCGAGUGGGUCGAUGUGGUCGUGGACGACCGCAUCCCCACCUGCAACAACCGUCUCGUGUUCACCAAAUCGUUCAGAAAGAACGAGUUCUGGAGCGCUCUUUUGGAAAAAGCGUAUGCCAAGUUGCACGGGUCCUAUGAGGCUCUUAAAGGGGGCAACACUCUGGAGGCCAUGGAGGAUUUCACAGGCGGAGUGACUGAGUUCUUUGAGUUGUCCGAGGCGCCCAAAGAGCUCUUCAAGAUCAUGAGGAAGGCCCUGGAGAGAGGCUCGCUGAUGGGCUGCUCCAUCGAUAUCUUUUCAGCCACUGAACUGGAGACUCGGACUGACCAGGGCCUGAUCAGGGGUCAUGCCUACUCCAUCAUAGGCCUGGCGGAGUGUGACGAGGUGGCGAAGGACACCCGAAUUCAACUGAUUCGCUUGCGCAACCCCUGGGGCUUCGUUCUGUGGAAGGGACCAUGGAGUGCAAACUCAGAGGAAUGGUCGACCAUUUCCACAGCAGACAAGGACAACUUAAAAAAACAGACUGUAGAGGCGAGUGAGUUCUGGAUGUCUUUUGAUGACUUCAAGAGGAACUUCACCAAGCUGGAGAUGUGUAACUUGACCCCUGACACCCUGCAGGGGGAUGAACGGCUCAGCUGGACCGUGUCAGUCAAUGAGGGUCGGUGGGUGAGAGGCAGCUCUGCUGGCGGCUGCAGGAACUCCCCACAAACAUUCUGGACGAACCCUCAGUAUCGGCUGCAACUGUUCGAGGAGGAUGACGACCCCGAGGUCGGGCAGGCGGCCUGUACGGUUGUCGUGGCGCUGAUGCAGAAAGGCCGGAGGAUGCAGCGCCAUCAAGGGGCGAAGUUCCUCACCAUCGGAUUUUCAAUCUACGAGGUGCCGAAGGAGAUGUGUGGACAGAAUCAACACCUGCAGAAGGACUUCUUCCUGUACACAGCCUCCAAAGCUAAAUGCAAGAGCUACAUUAACCUGCGGGAAGUGACGGAGCGUCUGCAUCUGCCUCCAGGAGAGUACGUCAUAAUCCCCACGACCUUUGAACCGCAUCAAGACGGAGAGUUCAUUCUGAGGGUGUUCUCUGAGAAGAAGAGCACGUCUGAGGAAGCGGAGGACACCAUCGGGUCUGACAAAAUGCAGCAAGACGAGAAAAAGAGAGCCAAGCCGAUUGUAUUUGUGUCAGACAGAGCACGAGCCAACAAAGAAAUUGAGCACGACGGCAUUCAGGGGGAAAAGAAGAAGAAGCCGAAGCGAAAACUCCUCCAACCAGAGGAGGAGACUGAAGAGGAAAAACAGUUCAGAGCCAUCUACCAACAGAUUGCCGGUGAGGACAUGCAGAUCUGUGCCAACGAACUAAAGAUGAUCAUGAGGAACGUACUCGCCAAACAUAUUGAAAUAAAGACGGAGGGUUUUAGCCUCGAGACGUGUCGCAGUAUGAUCGCAUUGAUGGACACUGACGGGACGGGGAAGCUCAACCUGCAGGAGUUCAAGCACCUGUGGAAAAAGAUCAAGGAGUGGCAGAUGAUCUUCAAACGAUACGAUAAAGACAAAUCCGGCUCCAUCAGUAGUUUUGAGAUGAGGAACGCUGUGAAUGAUGCAGGGUUACACCUCAACAAACAGCUGUAUGACAUCAUCGCCAUGCGUUACGCUGACGAACGCCUCGACAUCGACUUUGACAGUUACAUCUGCUGCUUCGUGAGACUGGAGGGCAUGUUCAGAGCUUUUAAUGCCUUCGACAAAGAUGGAGAUGGAAUAAUAAAGCUCAACAUCCUGGAGUGGCUUCAGCUGACGAUGUAUUCCUAAAUCGCCUUCUUGACUGCGGCGGCGCUUCACAUGACUCGACUCUCCUGGACAGCCUCGUUAUGUAUUUUUGCACAGAUUUUUAGAUUACAUCAAAAUCAGCUUUUAUGUAAAUUAACUUGAUGUCAAGACUCAAACGAGGAGCACCGACCUCCGUUUUUUCAGUUCCUAUGUUGUGACGAAUAUGAUGCGAAGCUCGAAGUCUUAGAGUUACGAAGUGUUUGAAUAUGAGAACUGAGUGAAGACGCAUUGUUUGACAGAUCAUGAGAGACAACUGAAUGUAUUGUAUGUUUUAGAAUAUAGCAGACAUGAAUCCAAUUACAUUUGUAUUGCUGUACACAUACAGUAGGUAUUAAACACAAAUCAAAUACA